AGAACAGUUUUGCCCUCAGAACAGACAGCGCUUUCCGGUACCAACCUCAACCUCAGACUGAAAACGAUUAGUACAAAAGAUAACAAGAAAAUCUACUUUAAAACGUGCAACUACACAGAUGAGAGAGAACAAGAAAGGGGAGUUGCUGAGAUAAACGGGAAGUAUUUCAGAGAGGCGCUGAGUUAGCCACCUGUGAGCUACACACACACACACACACACACACACACACACACACACACACACACACACACACAGUUCAGUGACAGCAGUGAACUGUCAGAGAGGUGGAGGAGCUAGGUGUUGUAACUUUAGACAUUCCUGAUGGCGUCUGGUCCUGGUAGCAGAGCUGAGGAACAGCCACCAGCGCUGCCUGUCAAACAGCACAGGAACCAUUCCUCCAGAUGCUCCAGUGUGGGGUCUGACUGUGUUAUGCUCAGCCCUGUUGGACUCCAAAACUACACAUAUAGCGACGUCUUCCCUGAACCCACUGAUUGUCACGCAGCCCAGUGCCCCAUACACCAGCGCUACGAUCCCUCCCGACACCAGGCGAGAUUUUUCUCCGAUGACACACCGCCGCCUGUUCCAAAGAAAAGGUUAGCUCGCACCCUCUCCCUCCCUGGCACCAAUGGGCCUCAACUCUCUCCUCUGUCUCCCCUGUCUCCCCUGUCUCCGCUGCAAAGACACCCUCAAAACUUUGACAACCCGCUGUACAUGCUGGCACCCAUACCCGAUGGCUAUGUCCUUGAAGAGGCAGAGGAGUUUAAACCAGUCAGAGGGAGUCCCGUCCCCUUACCGUCCUUCUCCCAGCUGUCCUUUGACACCCCAGACGAACAUCUGCCCUACCUCUUCAGCGGAUUGGACGACCAGCGGGUUGUUUCUCAGGGGAUUCAGCAUCGACAUCUACUCUUUCUGAGAAGCGUGGCACAGAGCGAGGAGGCUGGGAUCCUCCUGCAGAGAGAGGCCACAGAGAGGGACAUACCUCUAAGCUCAUACCAGCCUCAGGAUUUCCUGCUGUUUGAGGGCAGCAAGCCAAAGCAGAUCGGAGACACGGUUUACUACAGCCUGCACAGCCCUAAGCUCCCAGGGAGGAUGCUUGGUUUAAGGGUACACAAACAAAGUGAUGAAUCUUCCUCAGCUCCCACCAAACAACAGCGAUUGCAUGUCAAUGUGCAAGAUGUCAUUGCUCAUUUCCAAGCAAGCAACACCCCGAGGAAUGAUUCCAGCACAUUUAAAACUCAAGAUCCCUCUCGUCCUUUUAGGCCAGACUGCACUGUUGCUAAACCACCAGGUGGAGGCAGCACUGAGUAUGCCACAGCUCAUGUGAACAUUAAUCUGCCCUCAGUUCAGUCUUUCCUCCAGAAAGGACUCUUAGUGAGUGUUGAGAGAGACCUGCCACACGCCACUCUAGAGGACUUUGUUCAGGAUAACAGCAUGCUCCAGAGCACAGAUUGUUUGGAUUAUGACAGACAGGUAUGUGCUCUGUUGCUGCAGAUAUUAAUGGGCACACAACAUCUGUACAACAGUGCCACUGCAGCUGAGCUCAGACCUCGGGGGAUCUUUUUAGUGUGGCCCAACAGGGAGAAUGAAGAGGGAGACAACAAGCUAGAACAGGAUGCUUGUGAAAUAAAGAGAGGUUUCAAAACCAACACAUGGAAAGAAGAAAUGGAGUGGGGAAAGACAGAGAAAAAAGGAAAGAUCCAGAUGUUAUGGAGGACACACGGCUCCCCUCGUGUGGUGUUAACCCCGCUAUCAUCUGCUCUGUCUGAUCCUCACCCCCUCACCGACAUCAAAUCCCAGAUUGGAGCCUUAAUUCAAUACUGCCUCCACUCACAAGAGAGCCUGACACCUCUGGACUCAGUUCCAGCCAUGUCCAAGUCCUCAUACCGAAGGGGGCUUCUUUAUCUGGCCUCUCUGCUCCAGAGUGAGAGCAGCGGGCCACAGAUGGCGGACACGGUGGCCAUGCUUCAGGCGCUUCUCUGGGGGCCACGUGUCUCCCUCUUCAACCACAGAGGCUCAAUGACCACCGCUGUACACAACUGGCUGACAAUCAAGCGAGCCCUGCUGGUGAUGAAGUUGGCAGAGAGAGGGCUGAUCCAGGAUCAGUCUGCUCUGGAUUGGGAGGACUGUAUGUGCCUGCAAUACCUGUCGUUUACAGACCCCGAGACAGUUAUGAGCGUGACCAGUCAGCUGUGGCUCACUCUGAAUAUGGACAGUCCAUCUUGAAAUGAAAUCAUUCUUUUGAUGACUCAUUGGUAUUUAUAGUCCAACAUAGUCAGUCACUGUCAGUCUGUAUUAUGUACAAUGGUCAAAAAUACACUAAGAAUGUGUGUUUCAUUGGGCUAAAAGGCCUUUUCCAUCCUUUUAUACAUUCAUAUACUGCUCUUCAUCACGUAAAAUUGAUCUAAUAAAAUGUUGCACUUUGAACACGUGUUGCUGUAAUAUUAAUCAUUAAGGGCCCUAUAAAUGUAUUUUCUCAAUCAGCUUCUUACUAUAAGUGAUAAAUGUAAAUGAACAAACUAUUUUCUGCCAGUUAGAAAAGUGCUUUAAACAAACUUGAAAAUAAUUUAACAAGAUUUCUGUAUUUUUGUGCUUUCUGAGGCGUUAUAUAUAACAUACUAUUUAAAUAAUUGUGCUAAAGUUGUUUCACCGACUCCAUUGUAUGAUUAUUCUUAAUAAAUCAUGAAGAUGACU